GAAAUGUCAGCUAAGGACGAUCAUUAAUUUUGGGCAUUUCGGGCUUGUAUCAAAACUGAACUCCGGAAUUACGGCAAAUUCAUGGCCUACUUGAAUUGCUUGUCAGGAAACUGUCCUUGUUUCACUAACUUAGUUUAAAUGUACUAAAUUAAAUUUUAAUUGAACGGUAAUAUUGUGAAGCAAACAAAGAUGAACUCUCUCGGCAUUUGGACUAUUAUGAUGAUAAUUUAUCAAACAGCCAUAUGUGUGAUAAUCAGCUGGCUGACCCUCACCUGUCGCUUGGCGCCUGACAGCAAUGAGCUCCACGAAGUGACUCUAAUGAAACUCCUCUAUCUGUACGAUCCAGAAGCAUGUGGCAGAAUUCACUUCUAUAACUUUACCGUACGGAACUAUGAUGACUUGCUGUUUUCUACUAUUAUGUGGCCUGUGUCUAAUCCUAUAGCUGCUCAGUUUAGGAGAGCAAUCCGCCUCUGGCUAUCACUCCACAUCAUCUGGCUGGUCUUCAGUAUCGUCAACGUGACCCAUGGUAGGAGACCAUGUGGCUUCUACGCAGUACUGGUACCCUUUACGCUGGCGGGUCUUGCUAUGCUGGUCGUGGAUGUCGUAUUUAUGGCUAUGUUCUUACAGGAUACUGCUGAUUGCAAUACUGAAAUUGCAAUCCUGGACUACAUGAACCGUGGUGGCAGAUCUCUACGCUGGAUCAUCAAGGUCUAUCCCUGGCACACGGUUGAGGAACUCCAGCAUGCUACCCUGGAAGAUACCUCCUGGAUUCCCCUCCUCUUUGCAUUCACCAGCUGCAGAGGUAUUGUGCAAUGGAUCAUCAACCUCUGGCUAAUUAAGGACAACUAUUUUACCGGACUUGGGUUUUAUCGACAAUUACAAAAAGAAGCUUACAGAAGCCGAGCGCGUCUCAAAGAAUAA